GGGGCGAGCCACGACAUUGGCAUGGGGCGGCCAAGCAAGGAAGCCGAAGCAUCCGGUAGCAGCAACGAGGAGGGCGGAGGCAGCAAAGGGGGAGAGGCGCGCAAGAGCAAGGGCGAUGCAGGCGAUACUGGUGGUGGUACAGGUCGGACUUUCGCCAGGCGCGUGACCUCGAGAAGGCUGACGGUGGACUCGGGCCCGGCAGCGAGUCAUGGUAGCGGCUUUGGGCGGUCGCGGCGGCGGCGGCAUUCCGCGCCACAGGACAUGCUUCGGGCAGCGCAAGAGCGGUUGUUUCUGGCACGGCUGUCAUCAACGGGAAGCGAGGGGUGGAUGAUUGGUGCUGGCAAUGCGGCCGGCGAGAACGCCGAGCGGUUGGAGGCUGUGGUCGAGGCCGCGUUUUCCCGCGCUGACGCCACCCCGGCAUUGACGGAGACUUCCAACACAAGUUCGGGCUCGGGUUCGGGCUCGGGCUCGAACACGGCGAGCACGGCGUCGUCGCGACGGCCGCAGUCCGCGCCGCGGCGGAGGGGCGGAAACAUGCGGGGGCGGCUGUCGUCCUCAGGCUCGCUCCAACUCCUUUUGCGGUCGCGGUCGGGAACGGGCUCAGGCUCGGGCUCGGCAUCCGGGUCGGGAACAGGAACGUUUUCGACGACCUCGACGACAACGGCGUCGCACUCGACCUCGUUCUCGGCCUCGUUCUCGGCCUCGCGGUCGGUCUCGCGUUCAGUGUCGCGGUCGAUGUCGCGUUCGUUUUCAAGGUCACCGUCGCGGUCGCCGUCUGUGCCAACGAGCCGGACACGGACGCGGCAGGGAAGCGACCCCGGAUGGCUGUGCAGCGGCAGGCGGGCGCAGGCUUCGCCGCCGCCACUGCUGCGGACGGCGGGAUCGAAGGCGACGGAGCCCUACUCGACUCUCGCGAUCAAGGUGCCCGCAAUGGCGGUCGGUGCGCGAGCGGAGCGGAAGGAAGGGCGGCGGUCUGCGUCGUCAGACUCGCGCGAGUCAGUAUCAGACGCAGAUGGGCGCAGCCUACGGACCAGCUCAGGCCUGCCGUCACCGCUGUCUGCCACGUCGUCAUCGAUGACUGCUGCUUCUAUCCAGGCGUCGACCUCGUUCUCGGACGCGUUUCAGGCCAAAAUGCGGCAGCAGUCUGCCGACUCCUUGCUCUCGUCGGGGCUCUCGUCGGCGCGAUCGGGCAUCUCACCGCUCACCUCGCGCGAUCCGUCGUUCGAGGACCUGCUAAUGCAGCGCGGAGCCGGGGCGGAGAUGGACGACGAGGCGGCGCGGCGUUCAGCGAUCGAGAAACUGUCGGGCGUGGCAUCAGAGGUUCUGCCGCGGUUGUUUGUCUCGGGAGCCGCGGUGGCGCUCAACCGUGAGCUCCUGGCCUCGCACGGCAUCACCCACGUCCUCAAUAUGGCCGGCUACGAGAUCGACUCGCCUUUUGCAGACGAGCUGGCGUACUUUACGCUGCGGCUGUCAGACUCGCGCCUGGCGCCGCUGCGAUCGCUCAUCUGCCUCGCGCUGCAGUUCAUCUCACGGGCGCUCUCUGAUCCUAACUCGCGAGUCCUUGUGCACUGUGCCAAGGGCGUGUCGCGGUCGGCGUCGAUUGCGACGGCGUUUGUCAUGUGGGCGCGGUCGUUGGACUACGAUGCGGCCUUGGCGGUGGUUGCUGCAUCGCGGCCGAUUGUGGCUCCCAACUCGGGCUUUGAGUGCACGCUCGUCGAGUGGUACCAGUACACGUCAAUGCCACCCUCUGAACGGCCGAACACGCUGUUUUACCUCGCACCGCUCUCGCUGUACGACGCCACCACGUUGGUGCUCAAGCAAGUGAAGCGGGCGAUUUCGCCGGAGCUGGUGCAGCGGCUCGACCCGCGGUUCAUCUUUGUCCUCCGGACGCCGCAGCGGUGCUGGGUGUGGCACGGCCUGCAGGUGCGGACGGGUGUCGGGCUCAUCGAGGCUGUCCUCUCGCACGUUGCGCUGUGGACAGCGUUUGAGGGCGACACCGCAACGGUCUCGCACGUCCGGAUGGGCAGCGAGCCGCUUCCGUUUUGGAGCUCGCUCACGGGAAUGCAGAGCGAGGAGAUCAGCGUGCCGGUGCUCAAUGCACAGGUCCGGCUCCAGUCGCUCUACGACGUCGAAGCCUCGCUACUCCCCACAACGGCGUCGAACUCGUCUGACGAGUCUUUGGCUCCAGGCACACCGACGUCGCCCAUUUCGCCGUCGAUCCACAAGCCCUCUGCAGUGCUGCCGUCGGAAUCACCGCUCGUCUCGCCGCGAUUCGGGCCGCCUGGCACCAUCCGGGCGUACUCGCGGCAGUCUGAGCCGCCGCUUCUCUUCCAGUACCCUUUCUGGGAGUCGCUGGAGAUGUUCGACUCGGACGACCUGUGGGAGGACCGAAUGUUUGUCCUACUUCCACCAUCGUCCCUUCCCACACCUCCCGACUUUGCCUUUGUGUGGAUCGGCUCUCACUGGACGCCCGACGAAGCCACGUCGCCGGCGACUUCGCCCACGUCUGGCGGCUCGCCCAUCGAGCACUCGAGCUACUCGCCACCUGGCGGGCCGGAAACAUCGCCGUCAGCCUCGCACUCGCCGGGGUCGCACUCGCCACUGACGUCGUCGGGCUUGGCGAGGCAGGCGUCGGCGUCGACGAAGCCCUCGCGCUCAGCAGCGGCGACAACCGGGGCUGAGACCGAAACCGAAGCCGGGGCCGAGACGGAGACUAUGACCUCGACCUCGACCCCGACCUCGGUCGGGACUGGGACCGGAACUGGGACUGGGACCGGAACCGAGACGACGACCACUUCGUCGUCGUCGUCGACGUCGGCUGCUAACUCGCCCGAAGCAUGCGAGCUUGCGCUGCCUGGCCCGCUGCCCUCGCGGCACGGGACGUGGAGCGUGAUGAACCGCGGAGACGUUGCGUCGCCGCGAACGCCGGCCAAUGGCGGCGUACGGCGGCGCAGGCGCGGGCGGGCGCGGUCACCGUCGUUCUCGUCGUCGGUCUCCAACUCGCCGUGGUCGUCGCCGGUCUCCUCACCGCGGCUCUCGAGCUCGACGGCCGCGCUCCUGCCUGCGAUUGCCAAAGCGGUCGCCGCAUGUGAUGUGUCGUCGGUGGCGCCGUCGACGCCGCGUGACUCGCGGUCAGUGGCAGCGCUGGCGGCGGCGGUCGACUUUUUGCAGCUGGCUACGUCCGGGCGAGCGGCGUCGGUUCCACUCUACCUGCAGUAUCAGGGCCUGGAAUCUGGCGAGUUCUGGUCGUACUUUACCAAUGGAUGAAGCUGCGAGCGAUAAACCGCGACAGUCUACG